AUGAAUCCUAAGAUUCCUGAAACUAUAAUAUUUGCAUCGUGUAAAAAUACAGUUUCAUCAUUGGCAUCACUUGUUCCUUCAGCAUCAAAGGAGGAGAUUACAAUGAAACUUAAACAAUUUGGAUUCACUUAUACAGAUUCAUAUCCAAUUCGUAUAGCUAAACGUCGUACUAUACCACUUAUUCCUCCAUCACCUAUACAACCUACACCUCAAUGGAAGUUGAUCAGACCAAGACCAUCUGAUUUUCCAUUUGAUUCAUCUAACAAUAAUGAUUUACAAAGUAAUAAAGAGAAAGAACCUAUACGUUCAUUACUUCUAUGGACACCUGUACAAGAGCAUAUAUUUUAUGAAUCGGAGAAAGUUAUAACAAGUCCGCCUACUUCUACUGUUGAAUCAGUUUAUACGUCAAGUUCUUCACCUGAUACAGGAAAACAAAUUAGUGGAACAUUAAAAACUAGAUCAAAUUCUCAAACAUCACCAACACGUCGUCGACGUGAAUCCAUUUCAAAUAAUCCAAGUCCAUCUAGAUCUCAAAAGAGGGGUUCACGUGAAGACAUACUAAAGAAAGGGAUGACAAGUAAAUCAAAAGAAGCUAAAGGACAGAAUAAAACUCCAGAAACAAGUGGAAGUAGUCAACAAAAUUCUAGUUCACGUACAAACAAUUCAUUACACAUGAAAUCAUGCGGUGAAGAUAUUGUACCUGAAGUAUCAAUAACAACUAGUUCUGUAACGAAUCCUAAAGAAAUAUGGCUUGAUAUAAAAGAUUUUUGUGAAAUAUUCAAGACAGUGACCAUUUAUCAUAAGCCAAAUACAUAUUCAAUUGUGAAAACAUAUUCCAAUUUAAAACCAUCUGAUCAAUCAAAAGUACAUUAUUUAUUUUGUGAUAGUAUUCAACCAUGUGAAAUUAUUCUUCAAUUCUCAGUUAUUUAUCAAUGGCCAUUACCUAUUGCUAAACGUUUAACUCCAUCUACUUAUUCACGUGGUAUUACUUGUAUGCCUGAAACAGAUGAAACAUCAACAAUACCAGUAAAUGAACAUAGUAGUACACAUUUCUUACCGAUAACUACGACAUCAGCUUCAUUUAUUAAAGAUAAUAAUUCAAAUUCACAAAAUAAUUCACCUGAUGAUUUACAAUCUACAACUUAUGGUAUAAUCCAUCAAUACAAACAUUACCAUCUACAUCAUCUAUAUCAAAUCAUCCAUCUACACUUUUAA